CCAGGAAGUGGCUGGGCUGGGAACUGUCCCCGGUUCUCUUCUCCGAUUUUCAGUGUGCCUGCCAGGGUCCCUAGACUGCGGUCCCCUCUCCCGACCUAGGCUGCAGCCCGGGCCCAUCACUCCAGAGCUGCCAUGUCCUCCGACUUCGAAGGCUAUGAGCAGGACUUCGCCGUGCUCACCGCAGAGAUCACCAGCAAGAUUUCGAGGGUCCCUCGACUCCCGCCUGAUGAGAAGAAACAAAUGGUUGCAAAUGUGGAGAAACAGCUUGAAGAGGCAAAAGAACUGCUUGAGCAGAUGGAUUUGGAAGUCAGAGAGAUACCACCCCAAAGUCGAGGAAUGUACAGCAACAGAAUGAGAAGCUACAAGCAAGAAAUGGGAAAACUCGAAACAGAUUUUAAAAGGUCACGGAUCGCCUACAGUGACGAAGUACGGAAUGAGCUCCUAGGGGAUGAUGGGAAUUCCUCAGAGAACCAGUUGAUAAAAUUACGUGAAGAGAGGGCACAUCUGCUCGAUAACACAGAGAGGCUGGAAAGGUCAUCUCGGAGACUAGAGGCUGGAUACCAAAUAGCAGUGGAAACCGAACAAAUUGGCCAAGAAAUGUUGGAAAACCUCAGUCAUGACAGAGAAAAGAUACAGCGAGCACGUGAAAGACUUCGGGAAACAGAUGCAGACUUGGGGAAAAGCUCCAGGAUUCUGACAGGGAUGUUGAGAAGAAUCAUCCAGAACCGCAUCCUGCUUGUCAUCUUGGGGAUCGUCGUGGUCAUCACCAUCCUAACGACGAUUGCUUUUUUCGUCAGAAGACAGUGAUGCAUCUCCUCUCCCAUGAUAAACAUCAACCUCGGCAUGUUCUGAGUAAUUAAGACAAAAUGGUCCCAUGAAUCAUUCUCUUUUGCUGACAGGCCUGGGUGACCUUCUCUCUCCCUCACCACCGUUCAAGUGCUCAAGUGCAAAGAGUGCAAAAAUAUUUUCUAUUCCUGUUUGCAUGUGGGUUGGUUUCCUUUUCUAGGUUUGUCUGCAGCCAGAUUUGUUUUUUAUAGGCAAAGGUGAUUGUUUAUUUGCCUUUUGGUAAUUUCAUCUACUGUCCAAAAUAGCCUCAGUGAGCUCUUUCUUGCCCUGUGGACAUGUCGGGGCUCAUGGUUUCAGAGAGGGCAUGAUGAGUCAGUCAGCCAAGGGAGCUUCUGUUUGGCAUGAACUUCUUGUCACCAAAGUCUGUCUAUGAUGCCUGAGGAUAAAAAUGCAAAGAAAAUCGGGGGACAGAGCCAGUGACCAGCUCCAGCAAGCCAGCCCGGUCCCUUCCUGGGCAUAAUGAACACAGUUAACCUGCCCAAGUGCUUUCAUUCCAACGAAGGGUAUUUAAUGUCACUUGUACAGGAAAUUGACUUAGCACUUACCCUGUUUUUCUAUUGCAUAAUUUUUUAAACUGGAGAAUAUUUUUUGCUGACCCUGCCCAAUAUCUAGUUUUCACAACUUUGGUUACUGGCUACAAGAAAUAUCUCUUUGCCUUCCCCAAAUCCCAUACUCCUCCAAAUUUGCUGGCAAAAUGAGUCCUGGCACUGUAUUUAAUUGUGACCUCAUCAUCCCUGACCUGUGUAAGCAUCUCUGUAUCCUUUCGGUUUUAAUAUUUGCACUGCCAAAAGCAGCCCUCAUACAUCCAAAAGGUCUGACAAAGUUCGCUCCACAUCCAUUCCAGUAUGUAAAGAGAACAUGAAUAUUUCAGUAAGAGCAAGAACAUGACUCCAUCUGUUCGAAAUUUCCAAGGUGAUUAUAAAUAUGAGAGAGUCCUAUAGGAUGAUCCACUAGAAAUAAACUUUAUGGGAAAUGUUCACUAACCUCCUUUCAAAGGAGAAGGAUUGAAGGGUGUUAUGAAAGGACGACUUGGUUUUUUUACUAACAAAUGUUAGCAAAGCCUUCCUGAAUUCACUAUGUAUUCAGACCUCUAACAUGCUUUGUGAAUUUUCUUUCUAUCUGAGGUAACCAGGAAUUGCAUUCAAAAUGAGUUCAUUUGUGAUCAGGCUUAAAAGUUACCCAAGCUGAGGUCAUUUUCCCCCUAGUUAUAAAGCAAAAUGUGUUUUUCUUAAGACUCCGUAGCCACUUAUGGGGUCUCUACUAUCUUUUGAAUAUAAUUGGAAGCUUUGAAUUCUUGAAAAGCAAACCUGUUCUCUUCAUAAAAAAUGCUAACCACCUGUGCUCAUGGAUCAAGAUCACCUGAAUGGAACACUUGAUUUUUUUUUUUUUUUGACUCAGAGGAGAACCAUUAUGGAGUAGAAAGGAAAUGCAGAAUGCAAAAUCCACCAGAGAAGCCACACUUAUCGGAACAAACCAGGGCCUGCAAGUAUUCAGAUAUCAUUUAGUAUUGUGUAAAUAAAGCUGCAGCCUUUAUGUGGGAGGGACGGUGCGGGACUUUGGCCAAGGGAAGUCGGACAGUGAAGAAGCGAGAAGAUGUGGUAAUUUUCUUGUCAGCUCAAGGACCCAUCUCAGCAAAAUCCUUCUUCUGAUAACAGAAUUCUGGAUGUGCUGAACUCAUGGAAGAAAUCACUUCAAAGCAAAGAAACAAGCAACCCCCUCCUCAUCCAGGACAGUGAGUGAAGUACACCAACCCUUCCGGUGGCUUCCUUGGAAGCUGUUAGUCUUAGUCAAGUGCGUAACUCGAUGCCGAGCUGCACCUCCCGCCUCCCUCCCAUCUCCUGCUCAGCUCAUCUGGCCAAGGCCACCUUGCCAGCAAGGUUGAUCUGAUCAUCUGUACUUGGUGGCUCCUAAGUGUUUCUCUCAAAGCGUGUGUCCAUGCAGAAACAGAUGAAAUGAGAAAUGAGGGUGCCUUCGUUGCUUCCCUCUCCUCGGCUUUUUCUGUCCAGUUCCAUGUCUUUAUCAGCUUUUGUCCAGGAUUUUGCCCCAGUCCAGCCUUGGGAGUGAGAAGACUGUGACCAGAAAACCCUUGGCUGAAGGCUCCGUCCCAGCCCUCUGAGAGUGACCAGCUAGACCAGGGCAAGGCGUUCUCCAUGAGGAGGAUGCUCAGACCGUCCCUGAUCCCCCAGCCCGGCUGCAUACUGCAGGCAGGACUCAGAGGAGGGCUGAGCCCAGGGCUCUCCCUCCCUUCCUGCUCCACGGGGGAAGCAAGAGAGUCCACAAAUUUGAAGCGUAUUGAAAAUCUGGGGAAGAUGCUAGACGCUUAAUAUGUAUACUUCGCUUGUUGAAUAUUCCUGAAGUUGGGAGCCUUUGUUACAAACAAUACUCAAUGGGGAGGGUGGGGAAAGAUGAAGGUGAAGAUGUAGAGGAGGAGGAAGAGAAGGGAGCCCUUGUCGUAUAAAAUUCAUGCAGACUAAACAGUUUCCCUGACAGAAUAAAUAAAGUGGAUGCUACCCUGCUCCAGAAUCAAAAGCAAUUUAAUUAAAGUCUCUUAAGUUGUAAAGAGUUUUAAAUGUUCCAUGUUGAAGGCGAAUGCCUACAAAUGCUGUGGGCUUGACGUCAGCUGCCAGGCCUGGGCUGGGAGGCCAUUUGCUAUUCUGUUUCAGGCAGGCUGGAUUGUCUUAUUUUGGAACCAGCUUGGUGGGGGGUUUGCUUUGCUACUGCUUCUGAGCCCUGAGCUUCAAAGGCUGAAAUUAAUGGUGAACAAAAUUGUGCGGCUCUGGCCGUCCCAUGCGGGGCAAGCCCAUUGAGGGUUAUCAUUAAGUAAAGAAAUAAAGAGGAAAAAAAAGCCUGCCUGCUCCAAAAACCUCAUCAGAUAAUGACCUCAGUGAUUGAGUUCUCAUUACCAAACAGCAUCCAGAGAUUAUCAACCCAUGGAAGAAGGGGGCGGGGGGGAGAAAGAAAGAAAGAAAGAAAGAAAGGAAAAAGCGACUGUCUUUCCCUCCCUCUCUUUCUCCUUUUUUUUUUUGCACAUCUUUUCUUUAAAACUGUCAGAUCAUUUCAGUAUUUCAAAUCCGAGGAAAACAGCCUGCCUGCUGCUGUAUUUGAAGUUGUAAUGGUGUCAAAAAGUCACGACUGACUGACAGCCGUCAGUCCCAGAGGGGCUCAUUAAAUCAUAAAAACUUGACAAGGAAAUAAUUGCGCAUCGCCAGCAACUUGGCGCCUGUUUAGACGUUUUUAUUUUCUUUCAUUAUUAGUCCCCACCAUUACGUUCAUUAACAAAUUGCAUUAAAUAACUGUUAAGGGCUAAUGAUUUGUUUAUCGCUUUUUUUAUUAUUAUUAUUUAAACAUUAGCUAUGUCAUGUGGUACCUCAGCAGCCUCUUGCCAUCGUCUGACUGAAUAUUUUUCCACUCCGAGCUCUGGGUACUGUUAGAAUAUGAAAUAGAUUAUUCAUUACUCUCCUCUUUGCCACUGAUUUGGUUUCAUGUAGCGUCUUCCACAGAGAAAGAUGAAAACUUGUCAAAAAUAGGUUAUAUCUUAUUCGAAGGGGCAACAAUAGCGGCAGGUACAGGCACACUUUAAUAUUUAAUUAAGGUUGAUGUUAACCCCUUUAAAUGACUUUAGCUGUAAGUUAUAUUUAAAUGCGGAAGAGAAAAAUAAUUGUUCUUAAUUUGCAACCUGUUCAGCAGACAUUCUUCAUGGACUUAGCUGGAGAUUUAGCAGAAUUUUUAAAUAAUGAAAUUUCCCAUCAUAAAUAUUUAUAGCAGUUUGUCUACGUAGUGGAGAAUUAACUCUAAGCAAUGAUUUCCUCAUCGCGUUGGUUUGAACUGCCAGCCGGCAGGGCCUUCUGUGCUUCAGAGUGAGGUGGCUUUCCUGGAAGUGAUGUGUGUUUGGAGGAGAAGUCCAAAGCCAAGGACUGCUGGUCAGUUGUGGCCAGCGCUGGUUUCAAAGGCACUGCUGUUGAGUCUCCAGUCUGCGGCCACUUGCCUUCCCCUUUAGCUGAGUGUGUGGUUGGAGGACUGUGGUCUACAGUGAGAGUGAAUAGGAACGACGUCUUAAAGGAAGACUUGUGUGUGUCCAGGUGGCUACUUCAGGGAGGGGGUGACAGGGGUGUCUUGGGCAGGCACCAAGGGAGGCCUUGGGUGGGCUCCAGGUAGUCAACUGGAGCUCGUCACGAAGAGUGCUUCCCUCAUAGGCAACAGGAGCAGCAUUUGGCUGGGACUGACCUUCCACCCUUUUCCUUUCUGUGGUCUGCCAUUAGCGAAUUGAUUGGUUUUUCCAUGGGCUAUGAGCUUGAGGGGCCAGAGAGGACAAGGCUCCAUCGUGGUCAUCCUGAGUCAGAAGCUGAUGGCCUUCUCAUUGCAUAACUGCUGGCCAUUUGUUCUGUGAGUUUACAUAACCUGAGAAUGGCAGCCACCUGCUUCACUGGCAUUUCAGGACUGAGGUGUUCUGGUCAGGGACAGGGAGCAGCUUUUCCUAUCUGGUCUCUGGUCCCACCCUCCUAUCCCAGAGAGACCAGACCCUUUAGAUGUGAGGGGAAGAGAUGUUUCAUGUUCCUUGCUCAAUGCAGUGUCUCUCAGCACCACACACCCAAGGUCACAUGGUCCUGCAGGAGCUGUGGGCCAGCCCAGCAGGCAAGAGCCAGAUGAGAUCUGCUUGUGGCUGCCAUUGAUCACUAUGGAUAUAGAAAUGGUGGGUACAUCGGGGCCCAGAGGGCCUCUGGGCUCCAUUUUGAUCCAGUGCACGUAGCCACAUGAUAAGCCACCACUCUGGGGAUGACUUCCGUUCCUCACCAGGAGAUGUGCUCAGAGCCAUCUUUUCAAAACAGAAGAAGGCUCUGUGGUGAGCCAUCCCCAGCAACACUCCCAACGACCCUGGUUAAGAGCACUGAGACUAGAAAACAACCCUCAAACUUGAUCUCAGCCUGUGCUGUAACUCACUAACUUUAAACCUGACCCCAAGAAAGAUUCUUAUCUUUGCAGACUAAGGAGCAUGUGCCAGAGGCUGGCCAAAUAAUAUGAUCAGUCAUAUGGCUUUUAUACCAGAUGCCGGCCUUUUUUAAUGGGAUGAGUGACUGUGUGGACAGCUCAGAAAAGAUCUCGCAGCCACAGGAAGGGCACCUAAGAACAGGGAUGUUGAAGGGCAGCCAGGCACAGCCAGGCCGGGACAGGAAGGCAUGAGUGUGACUGGAGCCAGGGCAUUCUGGGAUGAGUGACGGGUCCAGGGUUGGCUCCUCCUCCUGUUGUGGAGGUGGGAAGACACAUGUGCUGAGAGGCUACCUACCUCCUGGGAUUCCAGAUCAGGCGCAAGGGAGGUGUUCCAGAGCCAGCUUACUAGAGACAAAACCAAGAUGGCAGGACAAGUGGGUGGGAAUGUAUGGGAGGUGAGGACCAGAUGGGGUGCAGCUGAAGGCCAAUGGAUUCCCUACAAAGGGGCAGGAGGUUGUUGGGGCUCAUCCCAGGGAAGAGUGGGGAGGGAGGGGAUUGGGCAACCUUGUAGCACCGAGCCCAUCACAGCCCUGCCCCAAGAGGACCCAGAAAAGGGGAACAACAUGGACCCCUCCCCAAGCCACACACCAUCAUCUCCAACCUCCCAGGCUUUCUGCCUGCCAUGGGGGAAGCACUUCCUCUUUCCAAUCUGCCUCCUUACUGUGCUACAUAAAUAACGAAAGCAUUUCAGUAAGGGAGAAAUGGCAGGAAGCUGCACUCUGGGCUGUGGUUCUGUGAACUUGGGCACUCUCCUUCCCUUCGUCCAAACAAGCCCCUUUGGCGUGAAUAAUAGCUCGGAAGCUCCGAAGCUGUAUUGAUCGGCUUCCCGAGAAGCUCUGCCGAGAGCUGCCUGGGCUUUUCCUGAAGGCAGGAUGCACAGCGCAGCGCCUCCCCUUCCCUGGCCAGCCCCACACGGUGGGGGUGGGGAGCACGGCCCUUCUCCUGCUCAGUGUGCCUUUACUGCCACAGCAUUUUUGUUAUUAGCUUAUUUUGCCUUGAAAAGUACCGAAAUGGAGGGGAAUCAGGCAGGAAUCAGGAGCUGAACAAGGGGGCUGGGCAGGAGCAGUACGGGCUGGGUCUCCCGCAGGUCCCAGGGCAGUGCCUGACCGAGAAGGACAGUGAGCACGCAGGAAGGCAGGGCUGGAUUAGCACAGGUGGCCCUGGGGCCCAGCACACUGUCUCACCCUCAAGCUGUUGCAGCCUCCUCUUGUCCCCACUGAGUGAGCGAAUCCCAAGGCCGCUGUGAGGCGCAAUAUGGCAUUUGGGGAAGGGCCCCCAGUGGGUGUGCUCUGUCCUGAGCAGAGCCUCCCUGCGCACCCCAUCCGGGGUCUUAGCACAGGGGGACAUCCUGACAAUCAAAACCACUGUCUGCUCACUUUACAUCCCCACCCUCUCACCCCAGCCAGUCCUCCUGAGCUCCAGGCUGCUUCUCUAAAGAAAGGGAAACAUCACUGAGAACCGGAUGUCUGCAGUAAGCUCAUUAUUGUCCCUGACAAGGCUUCUAAAUAAUCAAACCCUUCUGUGUGUGAAGGAGGAAAAGUGUAAUCAGAUUUAUUCAUCCAUUCAAUGAAUAUUUACUGAGCAUCUACUAUGUUCCAGGCCCAGAAGACACACAAUGAGGAAAACAGAUGAUAAGCCAGAGAGUGUCAGCACACCAGGGCCGAGGUCAGAAAGCUUUCUCACCCCUGGUGUCCUGACUUGCUUUGUCAUCCCACAUGCAGCACAGCCAAGGUCUCGCAGUGAAAAGCCCUGCUUCUCUAGCCUUCCGCCGCCUUCGUAAAGAUCAGUACCCCAUCACCGAGAGUUUCUGGCAAAGCCUUCUGCAGACUCAGGGCUGGGUGGUCUUUCCUCCUGGCAGUUCCCACAGCUGUAUUUGCAAAGAGCCCUCCAAGAGCGUAGGUCCUGUCAGCAUGGCCUAGGCCUGGCACCAGGACUGGCCGGGGAGAGGCCAGACUGGAAUAGUCUGUUUACACCAGGGCUGACUUGGAGGGAAUCUUUCUUCUUGCUCCUCUUCUUAUUAAAUGAUAAAGCUUGGACUUGGCAGGCAAUCAGGAGCCCAAAAUAUCAUAAAAGGGGAAAAAGUUGCCGAGUGGCUAAGCAGUGCACCACAGGAGUGUCACUGGGCUCAGCCAGCGCGGUGAAUGCUAAGCAAUGAGCAGCAAGCAGAGAAGAAAUGGAGCAAGAGAUGUUUUCAAAGGCUUCUCUGCCCUUCUUCUCUCUGUCCCCAUGCGGAAAGGGAAAUAGAAGCAGAAUCCAGAUCUGGGUGUGGGGCUGAUCAGCCCUCCAGACAGAGGAAAAACUUUGAUGUCUGGGCACGUGGCGGCUCCGGGCCCAGGAGGGGCCCGGGAGACUACGCCGGCCUCCAGUGACUCCUGUGUGAGGGAGACGAAGCCCACAGAGCUGGCCCGGCAGGCUCUGAAAUGAGGACAUGUAUGUCAGCAUCCCUAGAGCUCAGCGCUGGCCGCCUUGGCCACGGGUCAUGUGUCAGCGAAACUGAUUCUCAAGGGCUUUGAACUGUGCAGGCUGGAGGGGUCCUGGGGGCCAACCUGCUCAUUUUCAGGUGGGACGUGAGGCUCCGAGUUGGAGUGAGUGGGACUUGUUCAAGAUCUCCCGGGUAACAAGGCCAGGCGCGGGCUCAGGCCUUUAGCCUCCAGAGCGUGCGACCUCUUCCCUCGUCACAGGAGGCCUCUUCUGACAGCAGCACAGGCUGGAAGGUUUGCCACUGUGGCCCUCCCUGCCCCUCCUAACGUCCAGCAGCUGGGUCACGCCUUUCCCCUGCCUCAGGCUCAGAAGAGCCCCCACAGGGCCAGCCGCCUGGGCAGCUCGAGUUCCCAGUGUGCCCAGGGAAACAGCUCCAUCCCAGCUGACCGCAAUCCUUUUCCCCUGUGCUCCCAAGCAGCUGGCAGGAGAAGCCUCGGGUCUCUCCUUAGCUGCACUCCUUGGGUCUCCCUGGAGAAAGCACUUGUGUUUUCACCUCCUUGGGGUGCUUUCCCAUCCUCAUCAGCACCAGCCACUCUUCUUCUCCAAAAACUCUUGUGAGAAACAGAUAGUGAUCAGAGGCACCCCUGUGACGCUGAGCCCCUGGGCUGUGCCAGAAGCUCCUCGACUGCUGGUGCUAAGGGGAUGCUGCUUUAGACCUGGGGCUCCUGGCUCCUGGAGGUUGUGGCUGAAGAAUAUUCAUACCCAGGAACAGCCUGGCAAGAAGAGCAGUGCCAGGAUGAGGAGAGCGCCCCACAACAGUGUCCUGACAAAGUCAGUGGGAGGCUCCAGCCUACCCCUAGCCAAGCACCUGGUGUGUCCUCAGAGCCUUUGGGUGUUGCCAUCUACUGUGGCUUGGAGGAGGAGCUUGUGGAAGGGAGAGAUGCCCAGCGGAUGACCUGCUGCCCUCGGCACAGGAUAUAGCAUAUUGGCCAGUGGUGGGCAGAUAAGAGAGCCAGCAGCCAGGCUGCAGUGCUUGGACCUGCCCCAAGUCCUGCCAGUGUCUGUGCGGUCUACACUCCCCUGAGACCCCUCGUGCCUAAGGGAGAACCCUAUCUGCCAGCCCCUUCCUUGAAGGGACCCUCUCUUCCUGAGUCUGGCGUCUCUUCUGGCCAACCCAAGGCACCCUCCUGAGAUGAGCCAUGAAGCAGUUUGCAACUCUGGCAGUUCCAUGUCUGUGUCCAAUAUUCUGGUGUUCCCAUUCAAUACUGGCAUGGCAGAAUGUCAAGAUGAAUGAUAAGAGCCCUGAUAGCAAUUUUACAUUUUGACUUAGAAUGACAUUAACCAGCAAAUUAAUAUCGCUAUGACAAGUCAAAAGGGCCUGGGGAAGAAAGAAGCUUGUGUUCUUGUUUUUUCACAAGGGGACCUGACCCAUAUUUUCAGUUUGCAGUGAGCCCCAGAAAUUAUGUCUGCCUAGUCCUGCCUAGAUGUGUCACUUUCCCUCUUGGGCAUCAUGUCCUUAUCAGUAAGCCAGACCUUUAACUUUGCGCCUGCCCCCUGCCCACCUUGCUUCUGGACAUGUUAGGAACCAGCACUUGGUUAAGAUCCAGGAAAGAGAGUUAGAAACCAGUGUGUGGUACCAGUCAUUCACUUUGGAGCCAAAAACCCUCUUCCUUAACACGAAAUCUCAAUAGAUACACACACACACAUACAGGUCUAACCACAGUUAUCAAUGCAGUCUCUGUCCCUUAUAUUCCCCCUGAUGUUAUGUCCUAGAACUGAAGCCCCAGUAAAAGCUCCCAGGGAUAUUGAAUAGAGGUCAGAGAUCUAUAGCUUGAAUCCAACCAAGUUGUGAAAUGGAAAGACUUAGCUGGCUGAAGAGCUGAGGCCUUCCAAUGACCCAGCCUUGAUUUCUGCCUCUAUCCACUUGAUUUUUAGGACAUUGGUGCUUAAUCCAGCUGCCUGCACCAGGGAGGGUGGGACCUAGCCACUGUGAGUUGAGAGAUGCAAUCCUCUUGGGAAUGGUAAAAAUCCUACUUCCACUUCCACUUCUGGGAGAAGGUAUCCUUGUUUUGGAAUUGUUUCCUACGCUUCCAUCAUGAGGGUCUCAAGUGCAGCUUUUCAUCUGCUUUGUCUGAUGUGUAAGGGUGCAGUUGCCCAGGGAUUAAUGGGUCCAAAGUAGCACCCUGGCAUUCUGCAAAAAGUGCCACAGCUUUACAGAGUUUAGCGAAUGAGUGAGUCGGUUUAGAUCAAGUUGCCAAGAAUGGGGUCCAAAUAUGGAAUUGCAUGCACAGCAGUGUUGUUUCAGGGUCAGGAAAAACUAGAGGGUCCCUAUCUGGUUCCUCCUGCUCUUCCCAGUGGUCCAUGGUCUCUCUCUCACUUUAGUUUUGGGAGAUGUAUCUCAUCUCCCGUGUUGCAUUUUGAGUGAUAUCGUCUGGCUCCAGCUCAACUUCUUAGUGGUAAUUCAUUAGGCCUGAGAGCUGCUGCAGAGUGGGAUUAGAACCCAUGUAGUACACAGUCCCGUUAAACUGAGAUCCACUAAUUAAUCGCUCUUCUCUGUGUAACUGAGCGAUAGCGCUCCUUCCCCGAGGAAUUGCAAUUUCAUGGUUCCUAAUGAUGCAGCGAUUACAUUAUCUGGAUCACUUAGGCUGGGGUGGCAGGAGCGGUACUCAGAGCCUAUCUCGGGGAUGGGGAGAAAUCACUCUGAAAACCAAGGGGGUGGAGGGAGAGGGUUAGAUGUCUGUUACUCAUUUUCGUUAAUGCGCUGCUGCUCCUUACAUCUCUCUCAGGCUUUAUCCUCAAGUUCCAUUGUUCCCCAGCUCCACGGUGUCUCUCUCCCCACAACUCUCACAGUUUUCUCUAAUAUUCACAGAGACGUUGUUUGUAAAAAUUUAUUUAUUUGCUGUGUUCCACAAAGUAAUUUAUUUCAGCAUUUGUUUUCAUUAGAUGUCUUGGAAAUGUGGUUCUACAUGUUGUUAGCACAAGUAAUACAUUUUGCUUGUUCUUUCUUAAACUAACUUGUAUUACUGGAUGAGUUAAAUAAAAUGCCUAAUUGCAAAGUC